CACUUUUUCAGGAUUGAAUCAAUCGCAAAAUUUAAGUACGGAUUAAAAUCGCGUAAAUCCUGCUUAAAUUUGUUCGCCGAAAUGUUGUGAAUAUCAUAAACAGCAACAGGGAACGAGGGUGAUAGUUUAUGAAUCGGAAUCGUUGUGAAAAAGCUCGGGUUUAUCGGGAAAUUGGAUUCGGAAAAUUUCGCCCUGUUUUGAAGUGAUUGUGUUGAAGAAAGGGAAGGAAAAAAAAAGUGCCAUGAUUUUGUUUCGACCACGACGACGGAAUAACAUCAAAAGGAUAAUGAAUCUGUUCCAGAUUUUACCGGCGCUGGCAUUGGUCGCGUUAUUGGUAGAUUCGGCAUUGGCUACCGGAAAUGGACCAACCGUUGCAGCUGGUUUAGUUACGGACGAUUUAUCGGCUAGCAGGCAGGAUCAAGAGCAGCAGCAGCAAUCGAUGUCCCAGCCCCAGUCGGAAAUGAAAUUAUGUCCACGCAUGUUUCGGCAUGUCUUCGAUGGAUAUGUUCCUAAGGGUAAUCGCGAAGCGGGUAACUACACUGAGUUCAGUAAUGCCAUGGACCUACAGUCCUGCGUGGACGAGUGCUGCGCCCUAGGAGAUAACUGCAACACGGCAUUCAUGUUCAACCGGACGUGCUACCAUGUCAAGUGCCUGAGCAAUGAGCUAUGCAUGCCAGUGGUAAAGAAGAAGCUAUCGACCACGUUGAAAAUGGUGCUGGUUAAUCCGGUCGGCGAAGAGGGCCGAACCUGGGCCGACAUUCUGGAUACGCAGGAAACACGUCUGUUCGGACCGGAACUGGAGCGAGUCGAGGGCAAUAUCAUGAACAAGUUGAAAACGAUGUACAACAUGCAGCGAAACCGCGAGGAGUUGUCGGAAGGAAUUUACAAGUUACCAUUAGCGAACCCGCUGGAGUACGACUUAGGAAAGUAUCCGGAGGCUUAUAUGAACGAUCCGUACGGCGACGAUCCCAUUAUGGCGGCGUCCAAGUUCUAUCCGGACGACAAGGGUUGCACGGUGGGGAUCGAUAGUUCCUGUCCUGAACAUGAGGUUUGUGUGCGAUUGCCCCAGUCAUACGGUAUGGGUGAAAGAGUGUGUGAUUGUGCAGAGCAUUAUAAGCGGAACAGUAAUCAGCGGUGCGUGAGAGUAGAUAUACCGCAAACUCUGACGGCUCAGAAGCUCAUUAUGAACAACAUUCAUAGUGAGGCUGGAGAAAUUGACGAAGGUAAUACCGAGCCAGCCCUGUCGAAUAAAUUGACCGUUUCCGUAAUUUCGAAAGAUGUUCGUCUCCCGAACAAUGAGGCAAUCUUGACGGCUUACGUGAUUCCGGAUGAGGUUUCCAAUCAAGAUAAGUACACAUACUCUUGGUCUUUGAUUUCGCAACCUUCCAAGGGCGACAGCAAUGCUACGAUUACGGAUCAAACCAAAUCGCAAGCAAAGUUGUCCAAGCUUACCGAAGGACUGUACCGGUUCAAGGUUACCGUAACCGGUCGGAAAGGCUAUGGCGAGGCUUAUCCAAACAUCACUGUCCUUCCGGAGCAGAAAAUCAACAAGCCUCCAGAUGUGGUGAUAACUCCCACGGAACAAACCGUGAAAUUUCCCAACCACAAAGCCAUCCUGGACGGUAGUGCUUCAAAGGAUGACGACAAAAUAACCAUCUGGCAGUGGGAACUUGUCCAGGGCCCGCUUGGUUAUCAACCGGAGCUGCCAGCCGACAGCACGCUCCAGUUGAACGACCUCACCAUGCCCGGAAAGUACACCUUCAAGCUAACCGUGAUCGAUUCGGAGAAGCUUUCCAACAGCACAACGGCCACGAUCGAAGUGCUGAAGGAGAUCGACUACCCACCGGAGGCGAACGCCGGCCAGAAUGUGAUUGUGUACCUUCCGAACAACAAUGUCACACUGAAUGGGUCGCUCAGCAAGGAUGACCACGGGAUUAUCGCUUGGGAGUGGACCAAGGCCAGCACGGAUCAAUCCAAGGCGGUCGAUAUGCAAAAUACCAGGACGCCCUAUUUGCAGCUGUCUAACUUGGAGGAAGGAGUCUAUGCCUUCGAACUCAAGGUAACGGACGGAAAGAACCAGAGCAGCACUUCGAUUGUGCACGUGUUUGUUAAGAUGCCCACCAAUAUGCCACCGGUUGCCAAUGCGGGAGCUAAUUAUACGGUCACUUUGCCGCAAAAUUGGGCAACCCUGAACGGAAGCGAUUCGAAGGAUGAUCUACGGAUUAUGAGUUGGAACUGGCGGCAAAUUAGUGGACCAAAUACUGCAUCGAUCCUGAAUGGUAACAAUUCGAUAGGAAAUGCUACCUCGCUAACCAUCGGUGACUACAUCUUCGAACUCACCGUAACGGACGAGGUAAACAACAAUGCCACCAGUCGGGUGAAGAUUACAGUGAUUCAGGAACGUAACACGGCACCGGUUGCGAAUGCCGGCGGGGAUCAGAGUGUUACACUGCCAACAAAUGCAAUUGUUCUGAACGGUACCCGCUCCAACGAUGAUCUAGGAAUAGCAAACUACAGUUGGACCCGAGAGCCGGGUAGCUUAGCCAUCGGGACCAUCGUGGAUGACAGCGAUCGGAAGCCCGUGUUGAUUCUCACAAACAUCGUUCCUGGUCGAUACGUCUUCAAACUAACGGUCUCCGAUAGUCAAGGGCUUUCCGGUUCCGACACGGUCAGUGUAAUCGUUCAUCCGGACCCGCUCGUCAUGAGCUUGGUGGAACUGACGCUCACCAUGGAAGCAACCGUCUUGACUCAGUCGGAACUGGACUCCCUGCAGCAGAAAUUGGUCCUCUUGAUAGGUGAUAACACCGCUCGGUUACACAUCCGUGAUCUAAAAAUUGAACACAAAACCAGUCAGGUCGUAAUUGUGUUCUACGUCGAGAGACACGACAAAGAUCAACCGGACGUCAUCCCCGCACUGGAAGUGGAGAAAAUCCUCAAGGAAAAAUUCUGGCGAGACUACACCAUUCUCGGAACGUCCGUGGCCGGUAUUCGGACGGCCAUCUGCCAGAACGACUGCUCCGGCCACGGAGUGUGCAACGCAGAGACACGAGACUGCAUGUGCCAGAGCUUCUGGAUGCCGGAUAUCUUCUUUUUCUGGGGUGUGGCCGAAGCGAAUUGUGAUUGGUCGAUCCUGUACGUCAUCAUCGGUGUGUUCAUCGUGUUCCUAAUACUGUCCGGCAUCUGCUGGGGAAUUACGUGCCUCUGCCGACGAUCGGUAAAACCACGCACAAGAAAUAAAACCCAAAAGUACUCCCUACUCGGCACGCACGACGAUGAAUUACCCACGUUCAAUCGCGCCGAGACGGCGCUAUCCGAUUCGGAAACCGACUCGGACGUCCUGUUCGAAAAUCGUUCGAAACAAAAUGGCAUGCGCACCCUGGGAUUGCCCAACGGAGACGCUCGGAAUGGUCACGUCAAAUACAAAACGCGCCUUGGUCGACGAAUCAAAACCUAAAUUGAUUCCAAACAAUGGUUGGAUUGAGAACAACGUUUCCCCUAAACAGUGGGCGAAGCCUAUAAAGGGUUUGUAUAAGCAUUUUGAUCAAUGGAAGCUAUCAAAGCAAAUCACUUUAUGGCCUUGUGCUUUGAUUAUUACUGCAACACUGCGAAAGAAAACGGAGAUGGAACUGUGAAGAAUAAAAAUUAGCAUUUAGAUAGUGCCCUUACUUAUCAUUUGCUUAAAGUAACUAUGUUGAUAUAAAUACUUACCUUGUUUUGCUUGUGAUUUUCAAUGGUAGGAUUUCCUAUUGUUUUACAUAUAUGUUGCCGUGCGUACUGGUAGGUUAAACAGGUGAUUUAGACUAAAAGUAUUCUUCAAUCGAGGAUAAAAUGUGAUUUUGAAAGCCAUCGAGUAGUUGUAGUUUAUGGGUUUGCAGAUGUGUGCAAAGGUGAUCAUUACAAUGCUUAGAACAAUAGACUGUGACAUCACAGAAGUAGCAUUGCUUAGGCAAAGAAAUGAGUAUAGCCAAAAUUACACCAGUUUGAUACAUUCCCCAGGAGAGAAUUAAGCAUUCGGAAAAUGUCAUUAUUUAUUGCACUUGUGUUAGACAAAAUAUAAAUUGAACAGUUUUAGCAUGGAUUUUAUGAUUUAUUUAAUACUGUAUGCAUACAGCAUUCCAAGACUGCAAGUGUUGAACGAAAAAGAUUCAAUCGUUCGCCCUUGAUUAAAACCCUGUAAUUAAUAGGCUGAGUAAAAAACGAAGCAAAAUCAGUGAAUUGUUUGAAUGAACACCUAAACUUCUAGUCCAAACUAAGUUUGUUACGUAAAACGAUUGAAGAUUUUAUGUAUUAAAGGAAAAUAAUAACCUGUAAGUUGUCCCACAUUAUUCUCUUAAAAAAUGUGUAAAAUUCUAUAUAAUUUUCAUGUUAACUGAAGCUGUAUUGUGUAUUAAUCCAUUAUUGGUUUGGUUUAUGACCCGUGAGCCAACACCCGUUUACCACUAUGUACUUACUGAUAGCGAACAAAAAAGAAGAAGAAGCAAAUACACAAGAGCCGAAACAAUUUGUAAUGAAAGAAGAAGUGAACGUAAGAUGCUAGUAUUAUUAUACAACUAUUGAAACCUAACAAAUUGAAAGAUAAUAAAACGUAUUUUAAAAACCGGCUAAAAUACAGUAAACAGUGAUGAACAAAUCUA